AUGGGCGGGAUUGUGCGGACAAGCUCGGAAGGAGCCGCGGCCAGCGGUGUGGGAGCGAAGAGCGAGUCGGUCGAUGCUGCCGACGGGCUCAUGCAGCUGCUGGUCACUGCCGGUCAGGACGACUUGCUCAUAUUCUGGGACGUCAUCGACAUGCACCACCACUCGCAGUUCAAGGAGCGGACGUCCGAGGUGACUGCGCUGGCGUACGAUCCCUCUUCAGACAUGCUUGUGACUGGCCACGAAAACGGCGACAUGGCGCUGUGGAACAUCGAGACCGGCGCUACCAUCCGGGUGGACGCCCACUCCAACACGGUGACCUGCCUUGAGGUUGUCAACCACUCGUUCUCCACCUCGAACACGGCGAGCAAGCAGUUCGUCAUCUCGGGCUCGUACGACGGAACGGUCGCGCGUGUCAUGAUCUGCUUGGUAGACGGCGUCAUGGCCGGUGAGGCAAGAGACAACAAGCAAGCCAUGGCAUCACCGUCGUCGCGGGUGGCUGCAUUGGGCCUGUACCGGACGCUGCUGCGGACCGCGCAGCGGUGGCCUGCCGAGCCGACGCGGCCGGACCGGUCGCUGGCGGCCAUGCUGCCAGACGCCAUCCGGAGCCGAUUUCGGGCGUCUGCAGCAGCUGAGAGCGAUGCCAAGAAGCUGCUCGCGUACGGCGAGGCGGAACUGGUGGCCCUGCGGCGAAUGCUGCACUCCACGGCCAAGAAGCAGAACCCGGCGACGGUGCCGUACUCGAUCGCCUCCGAGGCCGAGCGCAAGAAGGCCCGCCUCCACUCGGACGUCAUGCUCUCGUCAGAGGCUCAGAACCAGAGCCAGACUCUUGUCGCCAAGAUUAAGCGUGUGCUUGGCUACUGAUAGCCGGCCCGUGGCCUCUCCCUCCCCGCCCUCCAACCCCCGUUGGCCCCUUGAUCGCUGCUCCGCGGCGCUCUCCAACCUCCUGUCAUCUCUCUCAACAUCGCAUGCACUUGCUGCAGAUCCAGGCAGAGGUGUCUGUAGUCUGGACUCUGAGUCUUGGUCCCAUUUCGUAAGCUCCGUGCCUGCGACAAUAGACCCCGCCACCACAAGCCAUGAUCACGACGAUCACCAGGAGACAGUGACAGGUAUUACCACGCAGUAUCACCGCACGGAAGCAGUCUUCUACCAUGGCCGCCUUAUGUAGCAGCAGUUAAAGCGCCAUCACUAC